CUCAAAUUACUGCGAGCAGUUCGAAAACUUUAGUUUAUCGCCAGCCGUCGAUUGCAUAAAUACGAUCUGCUUUUCUCUCAAAAAAAAAACAACAAUUUGAUUCCAUCAAUUGAAUAAGUAAAUAUUUGCAAUUAUGCUAAAAUACAUUCUGCUAGUUGGUGCCUUCAGUAUUAUUUGUCAAGAAACUAAUGGUCAAUUACAAUGGGGUAGCAUAUUCGGCACAAAUGGGAAGAAUGUUACACUCAAUAUACCAACGGUGUUACCCGCAAGGCCCUUCAAUCCCACACACAUCUGUGAGCUACUGAAAUUAAGCAUGCAAGGUAUCGGCCGCGAUUCUGAAACCAUAUUGAAAAUUCUCGCUACUUACACAUACAGUCAACGUUACGAAAUCGCUGCCACCUACAAAACGUUGUACAACCAAGACUUGGUUCAAAAAUUAUUUACCGAGUUCGAUGGUAACAUACUCGAUGUUAUUCAGUAUCUGUUCUGGCCCGCCGAGAAGAUGUAUGCAAAAGAGUUUCGUGAUGCUGUUCAAGGUUUGGGUACGGAUGAGCGGUCGUUGAUUGAAUUGACUGCGAGCUUAGAUGGACAAAUGUUGCGUAGAGUGUCUAGUGCAUAUCAGCAGAUGUACGAAAAGACUUUGGAAAAAGACAUAAAGGGCGAUACAAGCGGUUUCUUCAGGGACCUUUUACUCGAAUUAAUAAAGGGACGUGAGCCUGACAAUAGUCCGAAUUCGGUGGCAUUACCUUCAUAUACAGUUGAUACCCUGAACCGGUUAGGUAGCGGACAAUGGUCAAAUAAUAAGGAUACGAUCCGCGACAUUUUCUGUAAGAAAUCCUUUACUGAACUGGCUGAAAUAUUUGCUGAAUAUGAACGUCGCAACGGACACAAGAUUGAAGUCGACAUUGAGAACGAAUUCAGUAGUGAUGUCAAGAAAACAUUGCUAGCUGUUGCAAAAUGUGCUCGUAAUCGUCCUCAAUUCUUAGCUGAACAAUUGAACAAGUCAAUGUCGAAUUUCGGCAUCAACCACAAUGUACUGCAUCGAAUUAUUGUCGGACGAUGCGAAAUCGAUUUGGGUAAUAUCAAGGAGGAAUUUGCAAAAAUCAAUGGCGUCGGCAUCAACGUGUGGCUCAAAUCCGCAAUCGAAGGAAAUUAUUGGUCUUUAAUCGUACAAUUAGCUGGAUAUGCGCCAGAAUACUUUAAGGACUAAAUUUUGAUCGUUUCUUUUGACGUUUUGCUGUUUUCAUUCUAAUUUUUAGCUGAGAAUUCAUUUUUCUCAUAUUUUUACAUAAAAUCUUUCUGAAUCUUUGAGAAACUUUAAUAGAAGACAAAAAUAUCACGAAUAUAGAAGAAGAAGUGGGUGGAAUAUAACCUGCACCUAAGCCUCAGAUGGACCUGUUGUGCUUCUAAAAUAUCACCAAUAUAAUUAUCGAAUCUGUUACUUCAGUUGAUUAACACAUUUUGAAGGGAGUAGCAAAUCUCUUACUUCAAUAGCUUUAUCAUAUAAUUUACAAUAAAAGUCCACAUCAAAGUGA